GACAAACACAGCGCUUUGCCUCUGCAGCCGGACUCACCUGUAAAAUCUGGUCCUGAAACACCGGCCGCUCUCACCAUCAAUAACUAAAACCCGACAGAGACGAGCUGCUGCACGACUGAGCUCCAGACACCAUGGCCUCCACCCUCUCCACGCGCAGCUACUCGGUGCGUCAGCCGUCCUUCUCCAGCGUCUCCGUGCGCGACAGCGGCCGCAGCUUCCGCCCGAAGACCUCCACGUCCUCGCUGUCCCUGUCCCGCUCCGUCUCCGUGGGCAACGGCCUCAACAUGCUGGGCUCCGGCCUGUCCCUGAACGGGCUCGGCGUGGGCGCCAGCGAGAAGGAGACCAUGCAGUGUCUGAACGACCGGCUGGCCAACUACCUGGACAAGGUGCGCUCCCUGGAGAGGUCCAACGCCGAGCUGGAGACGAAGAUCAAGCAGGUCAUGCUGGAGAAGACGCCGAAGGGCCACGACAUCGAGGGCAUGAUGGCGCAGGCGCACGCCAUCGGGCAGGAGGUGAGAAAGAAGACCCUGGAAAACGCCCGCAUCAUGCUGGAGAUUGACAACGCCAAACUGGCCGCCGACGACUUCAGGGUCAAGUGGGAGGCGGAGGCCGCCCUGUGCCAGUCGGUGGAGAGGGACUGUCAGGCUCUGAGGAGGGCGAAGUCGGACCACGACCAGAUCAUCGGCACCCUGCGGGGAGACCUGGACAGCCUGAAGGAGGAGCUGUACUUCCUGAAGAAGAACCACGAGGAGGAGAUGAGCUCCUUGAAGUCACGUCUGGCCAACGAGCAGGUGAACGUGGAGGUGGACGCGGCUCAGGGCCCCGACCUCGGCGCCAUCAUGGCCGAGCUCAGGGUCCAGUACGAGGGCAUCGCCCGCAAGAACAAGGAGGAGGCCGAGGCCUGGUACCUGAAGAAGUUAGAGGCCGUGCAGUCGGAGGUCAAAGAAAGCAACGAGGCGCUGCGUUGCGCCCAAGGCGAACUCGGCGAGAGGCGGCGUUUCCUGCAGGCUCUGGAGGUCGAGCUCGAUAACCUUCGCAAACAGGUCUCCGUCCUGGAGGGAAACCUGGGAGAGACGGGACAUAAAUACUCCGUGGAGAUGGACCGUCUUCAGGCCACGCUGACGCAGCUGGAGGACGAACUGUCUCAGCUGCGCUUGGACAUGCAGCGCAACAAGACCGAGUACGAACAGCUGCUGCGCAUCAAGCAGAACCUGGAGAUGGAGAUCGCCACCUACAGGAGGCUGCUGGAAGGAGAGGAAGUGGUGAAAGAAACGCCUCCGCCUCCCAAAAAAGAACCUGACGUGAGAACCAGGAAGAUCGUAAAAGUCGUCACUCAGACCAUGAUCAACGGGAAAGUGGUGGACGAGUCCAGCGAGGUGGAGCAGAUCGAGGAGCGCAAGAAAUGAGCUAACGAGACGGAAGUUUCCCUUAAAUCCAACGUGCCCAACACUGACCAGAGAUCAAACUCUCAUCAUUCAUACUUUGUGUUUUUUAAAGGCUGCAGAUUAACAAAUUUAUACUAAAAAAAAAGAACUGAAAAUGUAGUUUUCUUCUUCACUUAAUCUAUUCUUAUUUUUUAGUCAACUCUCAAGGUUUUACCACAUUAAGUUUAUCAGUUGAUUCAACAUGUUGCACUGUUCUGUCCAUCAUUCAGAUAUAAAGUCCUAUUUGAGAAUUUCAUUACGUUUUCGAAGCAAAUCACUUUUCUUCAUGUGUUCACUAAAGCUUCGUUAUUCAGAUUUUCCUGACAUUUGCAGUAAAUCAUGACUUUCUUCUGUUUCCCGUGGACUUUCAUCUUCUUUCGUGAUGAAAAGGAGUUUCACUCUGAGAUCAUCAACAUGUUAAAAACAUUCAAGAUGGCAGCACAGAUUUCUUUGCUGUCUAUGCUACGAGUUAGAUGAGACAAAGCUAGUUAGCACAGUUUAGCUUAGCAUCGAGACUGGAAACAAAGGGCGUGCAGCUAGCCUGUGAAGCUGUUAUAUCUUGUCUGUGUGUUUAAGUGUUUAUGCUAACAAGCUGCUAGCUUUAGCUUCACUUCAUCCAACUUUUAGCAUUAAAAGCAAAUAUUUGUCAUUACUGUUGAACUUCUUGGUUUUAUACAUGUUGCAGAGAAACCUGCAGUAGCCUUUUCUAAACCAGCGGGAGAAUCGGUUUGUAGUUUUUUAUCCUAAAAAUAAAUGAAUCAACCAAAGCGGCUGCACAGUGUCAAUAAAGAACAGUGUUCAAAAUGUG